AACCGUUAAUAAAGGAUGUGUUUUUUACAGAUACUAACUGAUCCCCCUAGACUGAUUAUAAAGAAAGUGCAAAAAGACGACCCCGGUAUGUAUCAAUGUUUUGUCUCUAAUGAAUGGGAACAAAUACAGUCAACAGCCGAACUACAACUUGGAGACGCUUCUCCGGAAUUGCUUUAUUGGUUUUCGGAGCAAACACUGCAGCCAGGACCGACUGUAUCAUUGAAAUGUGUAGCAACUGGUAAUCCUUUACCGCAAUUCGCAUGGUCACUGGAUGGGUUUCCGAUACCGGACAACUCAAGAUUCUUGGUCGGCCAGUAUGUAACUAUUCAUGAUGACGUCAUAAGUCAUGUGAACAUAUCAAAUGUAAAGGAGGAGGAUGGUGGCGAGUACGCCUGCACAGCACGAAAUGCAAUCGGAAAGGUGUCGCAUAGUGCCAAAGUGAAUAUCUACGGGCUUCCAUUUAUUCGAGAAAUGCCGAAAAUAACUGGUAUAUCGGGCUCCGACUUAGUUGUGAAAUGUCCAGUUGCUGGCUACCCCAUCGAUAAAAUUCACUGGGAGCGUGAUGGCCAAACGCUGCCAAUUAAUCGCAGACAGCGUGCCUACAACAAUGGUACUCUCAUUAUAGAGCAACUUCAGCGACUAGAGGACGCGGGCACUUACACUUGCAUGGCACAAAACAAACAGAAACAAACGUCGCGACGCAAUGUGGAGAUCCAAGUACUAGUACCCCCUAAAAUUAUGCCUAUCCAAGCAAUGACCAAUAUGUUGCGCGAGGGCAUGCGUGCUGCCAUUUCGUGCCAAAUUCUGGAAGGGGAUUUACCAGUGAGUUUUCGCUGGGAACGUAAUGACAAACCAUUAAUCGGAACUGGCAACGAGGUCUUUCGACGAUUGGAUGAAUAUUCUGCAAGCUUGGUCAUUGAACACAUCACUUCCGAACAUUCAGGCAACUAUUCUUGUAUUGCGAGUAACGUCGCCGGGAUGGAGCGUUUCACAGUACCAUUGACAGUAAAUGUUCCUCCCAAAUGGGUACUAGAACCAAAAGAUUCUAGUGCCCAAGCCGGUCAAGAUGUUUGGCUGCAUUGCCAGUCUUCUGGAUAUCCGAAGCCUGCAAUUACAUGGAAAAAAGCUAUUGGACCUACUCCAGGGGAAUACAAAGACUUUUUGUAUGAGCCGACCGUGCAGCUCUUUCCAAAUGGUACAAUAUUCUUUAAGAAAAUCAGCAAGGAGUCGCAGGGCCAUUUUCUUUGCGAGUCAAAAAACAACAUCGGUUCAGGUGUAAGCAAAGUCAUCUUCCUCAAAGUGAACGAGGGCUUCCCAUGCCUGCUACACACACCAUGCCAGCUACACACUAAGGAUGUGUGUCGUUUACGCGAAAGCGGGUACACGAUUCGUGAUCAGGUGCUGGACGAUGGUAUGGUGUCGGAAUUGGGAAUUUCCCAUACUUACCGCCAGGAUACCGGGAUUUAUAUCUGCCAGGCCAGCAACGCUUUCGGACAGGAUGAGAUGUCGAUUCAAUUGAUUGUACAGGAAGUUCCAGAGCAACCAAAAAACCUUCGAAUUAAUUCACAACAGUCGCGCAGCCUUCAGCUUACCUGGAGUCAGCCGUUCGCUGGUAAUAGCCCAAUCGAUGGAUAUCACAUUUACUAUAAACAAAUCUCAGAUAUUUGGCAAAAUGCCGAGCAUAUAACCAUCACCGGUGGUCAAACAGUUGUCAACAUACAAAGCCUGCGUCCUGCGAAAGCUUAUCAUAUUCGGAUGUCUGCGGAAAAUAAAUUGGGCGCCUCUGAGUAUUCAGAGGUUGUUCAAGUAACCACUCUAGAGGAAGUGCCAUCUGGGCCACCGUUGAAUGUGCGUGCAGAAGCGAGAAGCUCCACCGAGAUAUCUGUCACAUGGGAUGCACCAGAUCGGGACUAUUGGAAUGGAAUACUGCUAGGAUACUAUGUUGGAUAUCAAAUGUCACUAUCGCCUGAAGACAAAGAAGUGAAUCCCACACAAGGGUUUAGCUUCAAAACUGUCGAAGUGCGGUCACAUUUUGGUGGAGAAACGGUACUAAGUAACUUAAACAAAUUUACACAAUAUCACAUAAUUGUGCAGGCGUACACAAGUCAAGGCAGCGGACCACCGAGCAGAGAGAUAGCAGUGCAAACCAUGGAAGAUGUACCUUCUUCACCUCCAGAGAGUCCACAAUGUGACGUGCUGGGCUCCACAUCAAUUUAUAUAACAUGGUCACCUCCAGAUGUAGACGGACAGAAUGGCAAAAUCAAGGGUUACAAAGUAUUUUACAUAUCUGUUAAUGAAUUAUACGAAACUGAUCCCGAGGUUGUUAAGUCAACAAAUCAAUAUGUCACGGUGGAAAAUCUACGCAAAUACACCAACUACACGGUUUGGGUGAUUGCUUACACCAAAGUGGGCGAUGGAAUGAAGACGAAACCAUUUUAUUGUCGUACACAUGAAGAUGUUCCUUCUGCACCACAGGCUAUUAAAGCAAUACCAGCCUCCAGCACAAAAAUAAUUGUAUCAUGGCUACCACCGGAAUUUCCUAAUGGAGACAUUAUCGGUUACACUUUCUAUAUGUCGAUGCUUGAAGGUGGUCGCGAAGAAGGUACCCACAAACGUAUUCUUGGGCCUUUUGUCGAAAUGCAUGAGACGCAGCGGACACAAGAAUCGGCUACAUAUCAGUUUUGGCUUACAACCUCAACAAAGAUUGGCGAGGGUGAGAAAACUCAGGUUGUGACGGUGCCCCCGAACAACAAAGUUCCCGCACGUAUAGUCUCCUUCAGUCAGCGUAUAAUAAGCCCUUGGAAAGAGCAUAUUGAAUUACCUUGCCGAAAAGUGGGUUCCCCAGCACCUGUGACCAUUUGGAGGCAAGACGGGCACAAUAUGGAUACAAAUGCGCGAAAGGUGAUUGCGAAGAACGGUACUCUCUAUAUACGUGAAUGUCAGGCUAUUGAUGCUGGCAAUUAUACGUGUAGCGUCGAAAACACUUGGGGCAAGGAUGAGAUUGUAUAUAAUAUUGUUAUAAAGGUGCCACCAGACGCACCGAAUCUUACAGUGGUGAAUAGCUAUACAGAUAGCUUACAUCUGGAGUGGAUGGAUAAUAGUCAUGGUGGAAGUCCAAUUCUCGGUUAUGUGAUAAACUAUAAAAGAGAAAAUGGCGAUUGGGAGGAACUGCAAGUAGAUGCCAAAACGAACUCACAUUUAUUAACUAAUUUAUGGUGCGGAACUCGGUAUCAGCUCUACAUAACUGCGUACAAUAAGAUAGGGACAGGAUUGCCAUGUGAUAUCGUCAAUUCGUACACGAAAGGAAAUCCGCCUGUACAGCCGAAACAUUCUCAAAUGAUAACGAACAAUUCAACGAGUGUGACAUGUUGGCUGGACUCAUGGGGCGACGGCGGCUGCGGCAUUUUAUAUUUUAUGAUCGAAUCUCGGAUGUUUGGAAGAUCACAAUGGAAUGUCGUUUCAAACCAUAUUCCUCCGACAGAACGCAUCUAUACGGUUAGUGAUUUAGUUCCUGGUACAAAAUAUCAAUUAAAAGUUGCGUCUCAUAAUAAUGCUGGGUCUACAACGGCAGUAUACAACUUUACUACACUUUCACCACAAGGAGUUAUCUACACAACCGAUCACGCGAAUCCUGUGUCCCAUAUGAGCGAUGGACCCUUUUAUGCGAAUUUUAAAGUGCUACUUCCUGUCUGCCUUUCGAUGUUUCUAUUAUUGGGUAUAAUAGCAGCGGUUUUACUCAUACGCAAAAGAAAAAUUGACAAUCAAGCGAGAUUGGCCUCUUCCUCAAUGUCGGAGUCCCCGUCUCUGGCCAAUUUGCAGAAUAAACAAAAUCGUGAUCAACAGUAUUUGGCCGUGCGUUGCAAUCCUGGUGGUGGCCCACCCCGAGGUUCUCAUUCUAAUGACUCUGGCAGUUUUGGCAAGGCUGAAGGUAAUGAAUACAUAGAAGAUAUUUGUCCAUAUGCUACAUUCCAGCUGAAUAAACAGACAUAUAGCGAAAGCUCAUAUAGCGGUAAUGUGUACAGUGGGCCGUAUCACUCAGUACGAGGCUCAUUUGUAUACCACGACGUGAAGCCGGAAAACUAUCAUUCGAAGGAACCAGAGUACACAAAAGUGCGCCGAAAAGUUGGGCGCCUGCGUGACCCUCAUUCGGAAAGUCAAGAAUCGGACAAUCCAGGUUCAACAGAUUCCGAAGUUAGGAAAAUCCUAACUCUUCACAUACCAAUUACAGAAUAUGACACAUUAGGAUCCGAGUCCGAUAAUGACGUGUCUGCCCGCGCAAUGAACUCAACGAAGUACCGUACUCAACGUGAAACGCAAGACGAAACAUCUUCAUCAUCGGAGACUACGCCGACAAGUUUGACGAGAAAAUCGAAACCGCCAUUUGUGGCACGUAAAGGCGGCAAGUCUGGCACCAGUGGCAAACGUCAUGUUCGCAGUUCCAGCGGUUAUUCGAGUCACAACGAAGAAACUACAUUUAGCAUAUCCAACUAUCCUCAAAACUAUCAGGAUCACAUAAAUCCCCCGGCGCGUUUUUCAGACAUCAACGACAAAUCAAAAACACAAACUUCACCACGGAUGCGGGGAAAUCAGAAGUUACAACGGGAGGCAUUUCAAAUCAAUGUGUAACAAAAACGAACUAAAAUAAGUUUCAGGAAUGAGCAUUUAAAUUAAAUAGCGAAUUAAGUUGAAAGAAGCGAUGUAACUCAAGGGAAAAUUAUAUGUACUUAAUGCCGUUAAUUAUUUGAAAGAGCCGUUGAACAAGUUUUGAGUUUAGUUUAUUAGUUUUAUAUGCAUAUAAUAUAAUAAUUCAGGAGAUUCGAAGUUUUUCUAGAAGUGUUAAGUAAUAAAAAUACAGCAUAAUUUAUCAGGGAGUACCUCAUUGGUAAUUUUGUUAUAAUUUAAACCAAUCACAAACAUUAUGAGUAUGGGUGCAUUCGAAAAAAAAGCAUCAGUCUCUUUUAUUCCUUAACCUUAGUAGAUUGUAGUGCCAAACAUGGGCGUAGCCAGGUAGCGGCAGGGGGGGGCUCGAGCCCCCCCCCCCCUCC